ACUCAUUGCUUUACCAUUAAUUAGUGGGUUUCAACUAAACAUAAAAUAUUUUUUUAAAGCUUUUUACAGUAAUUAAAUAUUCUUCUCUCAGAUCCAAGUAAAAGGCCUAGUCAUCAGUCACACUUUUUUUAUAUUAAAAAAUAUAAAACUACUCUCAUUAGAAGAAUUUUUGUCCUAUUGUCCUACAAGAGACACCAAUUCAUGCAACCAAUAAAAUAUUAUUCCAAAGUCUUGCUCACACAGCUCUAUAAAUAGUUGAAGCCAUUUGAGCCACAAGAAGCACAUUAAGGGCAUUCUUCUUUCCCUUAACACAUCUUUCUCCAAAUUACUUCAAACCAAAGGAAGUGAUCAUUAUAAUCUGAAGAAAGUACUCAUUUGAGCUAUAGCCAUGGAGGUUGUUGAGUCAGUAGUUCCUCAACAAAAGUCUGGAUUUUUUGCCAGGCUUAAGGCCUUGCCUUGUAAGGUCAAGCACAAUAUUAUCAUGGUUGGAAAGAAUAUAAAAAAGCUUGGAAAAGAUGACCCAAGAAGAGUUAUUCACUCACUGAAAGUGGGAUUAGCUCUCACAUUAGUGUCCUUGUUUUACUAUUUGAAACCUCUUUAUGAUGGUUUUGGUAUGUCAGGAAUAUGGGCUGUUCUAACUGUGGUUGUAGUCUUUGAGUUCAGUGUAGGUGCAACCCUUGGAAAAGGUAUAAAUAGAGCUUGUGCAACAUUAACAGCUGGUGCUCUAGGUGUUGGGGCUCUACACUUAUCAAGUCUUUUUCCAAAGGAAGAGCAGCCCAUUAUUCUUGGGUCCCUUGUCUUUGUACUAGCUGCAGCAACCACAUUCACACGAUUUUUCCCCAAGAUCAAAGCAAGAUAUGAUUAUGGACUCAUCAUAUUCAUCUUGACAUUCAGUAUGAUUUCCAUCUCUGGAUAUCGAGUUGACAAGCUACUUCAGAUGGCACAUCAAAGACUUUCCACAAUCUUAAUCGGUGGAGCGACCUGUAUUAUCGUCUCCAUAUGUGUUUGUCCAGUUUGGGCUGGUCAAGAUCUUCAUAACUUGAUUGCCUCUAACAUUGACAAGCUUGCAAACUAUUUAGAAGGUUUUGGAGAUACAUAUUUUCAAACUGCCCCAGAAGACAAAGAUUGUGUCAACGACAUCAAAAACGACAAGUCAUUUCUCCAAGGAUAUAAAAGUGUCCUCAAUUCAAAAGCCAAUGAAGAAUCUCUGGCAAAUUUUGCUAGGUGGGAACCAGGACAUGGUCGUUUUCUGUUUCGUCAUCCAUGGAAACAAUAUUUGAAGAUUGCAGCUCUUGCUCGCCAAUGUGCUUAUCUGAUUGAAGCUCUCAAUAGCCAAUGUUCUUCUGAUAUACAGGCACCACCAGAUUUCACAAGUCUAAUUCAAGAAUCAUGCAUUAAAAUGAGCUCAGAAACAGGAAAGACCUUGAAAUCAUUAGCAACAUCAAUCAAAGCAAUGAAACAUCCAAACUCUGCCACUGAACAUGUGGAGAACUCCAAAACUGCUGCUAAGGACUUGAAGAGUGCACUUGAGGCUGCUGCAAUAGAGGACUUAGACCUAUUGGCUAUCAUAUCAGCUGCAACAGUUGCUUCUACAUUGGUUGAAAUUGUUGAGUGUGUUGAGAAAAUCUCAGACUCAGUCCAUGAGCUCUCCCAAAUGGCUCAUUUCAAGAAAGUUGAGGCCACUGUCUCGCCGGAAAAGGCGCCACAGAUGUUGCUUCACCGGGGAACUGUGAAGCCGGUAUUGUUGGAUGGUGACACUGAUGAUGACCAUGUUGUCAUCACAGUUCAUGAUGAUAUAGCUUCUGAUUCACCAGACAAACAGAAUGUUAAGACCCCAAAGACAAGAGUGGCACCAGCAUCAUUGUAAAUAUUUGUUAUACUAACAAUAUAGACUAGUAAAAAGAAAAUGUACUCAACUCGAGUAAGAAAAACCAAAAAAGCUCAAAUCCCAGAUGAGAUUUUUGGGGUUUAAUGAAGGGAAUUAUUUUAUUUUAUUUUUUUACAAAAUCAUUCCCUUUGUUUUUUUAAUUAUUUUAAUUUGUAUCAAAUAUUUCUGUUGUGAAAGAAA